UAUUGUGAUAUUUCUCACAUUGAAUAUAUAUAUAUGUCACACCUUGACCUGAUAUGAUUAAGGAUAUUGCGGUAAUAAGAGUAUGCCAUAAAUGAAAACACCCUUUGUUCAGUACAAGGUGAUUUCGAACAACACUGAAAAUUUUGUCGACAGAUUGAUGGGAACAAGCAAACAAGUUACGAUAGAUUUCAUCUCAUAAGAGGACAAUGUACUGGUUUUGAAUAUACACAAUAGCCAUGAAGAUGUAUUUUGCAAAUGAUUCAUUCAACCGUCAACGGCAAUGGUCGUUAUCAGUCGUCGAAACAGCUUGAUAUGGCCAACAAUUUUUUGUUUCAUUCCACCGUUAGUACGCAGUGAUAUAACACAUGGAGGCAAUAAUGAGGCAGAUGUGGACAGCAUUAGCAAGAGCGUUGAUUCGUUGUUUAGUGAUACGUUGCACGAUGUGUCUGGCUCUACGAUAACGCAUUUCAGGGAGGUUAGCCUCAUUACGUUCUUCCUUAUUCUUGUUAUGACCCUUGGAUUGGGUUUUUGUGUUGCAUUGCUGAUCAGCGUGACGAUAUCUGGAACAACGAAUACCAUUGGAGGUGAUGAACCAUGGGGACCAAGUACAUUGACCGUGUUGAUCUUUGUGUUUUACAGCCUACUUCACAUUUUGGGUGUGAGGAGCGGCUACGUGGGAAAACCCAUCACGUGGUGGCAGAUAGCCUUCGUAUCUUGUGGUUUCCUAGCGGUCAUAUUGACUUGUGCACUGACAUUGAUUUCGUUUCAAAUUGAAUACAACACAAAGGAUAAUCUUACAGCACGGGUUAUGGAAGGGUUGGACAUUGUAUAUGCCAUUUUCUCUCAGUUGUUCACCGGGCAAAUAAAUUAUAUUUUUGCUCCUUUUGAGACGAUUGUGGAUGUUAUGAAGGCGAUGGCACCGAUCAACUAUCUGCUGUUGAUCGGGUUUUGCGUUACUGCUUAUAAUGUUUCAAUCUGUUAUAUACCAUGGGACACAUGGGAAGGCGUGUUGAUUUUGUUGGCUGCUUCCACAAUUGGAAUAUUGGUUGUAAUACUUCUGGUAUUUCACCGCAUGGAUAAAGCGAAGCAGACUCUGACGUGGCCUUUGUGCGCCAUGGAAAUGUUGUUUUCCAUGUUGAUCCCUUUCUAUAUUAAAUGGAAGCAACCUUUUAAAGGUUAUUACUCCUUCUACAAACUAAUUUUUUCCGUGUGGGAUGCCAUUUAUGUAUUGUAUGUGGCAAUAAUCACGAUGAUAAUGUUAACAGUCCUGAUUGGAAUAUAUCGUCUAAGAGUUGAGGUUAAUGACCAUGGAAAGUACGGAGUACUGUAUCCCCUGAUUACACUCCAAUCGUCUUUGACAAUCGUAUUAAUAGCCUAUAUAAAAUACAAACCUCCUUUUGGGCAUCAUUUUGAUCGCGACAAUAUUGCUUGUGCUACAUUGAUGAUACUGGGACCUACUGCUUUGUUGGCAGUUUUAUUGAUCUCAUGUGUUAGGCCCAUUAGUUUCACAGAUGACAAAACUGGUUAUAUAGUAGUUUCCUUGCUCAUGGCAACAUAUGGCACAGUGGUGUUGCUUAUAUUAGUUUACAGCGGUUAUCGAGGUGCUGCAUUGACUCACCGUUAAACCCUUGCCAUAAUAUUAGUACGAGUAGUAUAAUAGAAAGCAAUAUCGAGUAUUAUUUCUAUAUC